UGGUAUCAUUGUUAUUAGUAGUGUCAUUUGUGUCGUUAGUAUCAGUGGUAUCGUUUGUGUCAGUGGCAUCAUUGUUAUUAGUAGUGUCAUUUGUGUCGUUGGUAUCAGUGGUAUCGUUUGUGUCAGUGGUAUCAUUGUUAUUAGUAGUGUCAUUUGUGUCGUUAGUAUCAGUGGUAUC